AUGAAUAGAAGUGCUGGAACGGGCCCGUUGGGCUUGCGCGGACCGCCCCGGAUGAGCUGCGGCACAAGCCGCUACUACUAUACUACCUCUCCAUUCACGUAUACAUCCAGCAGGGGUGGGGAGGAGCAGCAGGAGGAAGAGGACGAGGAAACGGAGAGGAAGAGGAAGGAGCCGUGUAUCCCCGCAUUCCCGGUCAUCCUCAUCGGCCUCAUCGCCGCGAGCGCCAUCGACCUCGGCGCCAUGCACGAGGAGAAGCCAACAACGGCACCCGGUGAUCCGCAGCAGCAGGCAGCCAGCCUUACCACCACCAUCACCCGCAACCCCUCCAUCACCACCGCCACUGAGACCGUCACCGUCACCGCCAAGGACUGCCCCAUCUCCCCCACCGACUUUGACUGGGUCUGGAUCUGCGACGAAGCCUCGCGCCGCCGCGCCUUCCCAACAAUCGACUCCGACAACGACGCCGAGGACUUCGCCCACCUGAGCGUCCACGACAUGAAGCUGAAGAAGGCGCAGAGGGGCAGCAAGGCCAUCAUGCGCGCCCUGCGCGGCUACGCCCGCGGGGGUCUGGCGCUGUCGAAGUCGGCAGCCGCGAACAUCGUUAAUGCGUCCAAUUUGCUCGUCAGCAUCGCGCCUAUCGCGGCGGGCGCCGCCAUCGCGAACGCCCGACUGCUCCGCUACAGGACUUUUGUCGGCUCGUUGGUGUUUGUGGACGAAACGAGGAGAGGAGCAAAGGAGUAG